AUGCCCUUCUGUCCCAAUAUCAAGGCACUUCGUGAUUCUCUGGAGGUGUUGGAGUGUGGCAUCCCAAAUCCUUCUGCUACCAUCGACUUCCACGGGAGGACAAGGAGGUAGAGGAUAGUGGGAGGAGCUCCAACAGAGCCAACGCAGAUUCCGUGGCAGGUGGCUAUUCUGGAGAGAGGACAGAUCGAGUGUGGAGGCAUGUACCUGGGGGGCUGCUGGGUGUUGACCGCUGCCCACUGUGUUAGGCGUGAGCCGGAGGCGUACCAGCUGAAGUUCUCCCUGUGGCACCGGCGGCGGCUGCAGCCGACCAGUGACGUUGCAGUGUUGGAGCAGGUGCUUGUCCACCCCGGCUAUGACGCCUCCACCCACAGCAACGACAUUGCUCUGCUCCAGCUGAAGAGCCCCAGGUUCAGCUCUGAAUGUGCGCCCUCCAGGAACCCUGCCAUCCGGCCCGUGUGCGUGACUUGGUCCAGCCAACAGUGUCAUCCUGGUCACGCCUGCAGCAUCUCUGGAUGGGGCCACACUACAUAUGGCAGACUUCCGGAUGUGUUGCACUGGGCGAAUGUGACGCUGCUGGACAACUGCAAGUCCGACCACAGAGAGAGCUACCAAGAGGGAAAGAUGUGUGCAGGUGAUGUGGAGAGCAGCGUGGACUCCUGCCAGGGGGACUCCGGGGGCCCUCUGGUGUGUCAGGACCCCAGUGGCCCAUCGUACGUGUGGGGCAUGAUCGUCCACCGUGAGCGCUGCGGGCAGAGCGGCCUGCCAGGACGGUACACCCUGGUGGCGCACUACUACGAGUGGAUACGGGCCACUACCGGGAACACCAUCGCCAAAUACAACCUUUGAGCCAGGGGCGCUGCCACUGACACAACACACUGGAGAGCAGCCGAUGUGUGUGUGUGAUUGUGUGUGUGCUUGUGUAUUUUGUCAUUGUUACCUACAGCCUACAACGGCGCAGUGAUGAGAAUGAAAAAGGCGGACAUGCUAUUCCCCUCGCAAAAAAACAUGUGGAAGUAAGCACUUACGACAUUCAAUAAUUAUUGCGCAAACUUGGAGGCCGCUCAUGCCGGACUCUUUGGAGCCUCUCCUCUCAUUAUGGUGGUAGUAAAGUACUGAUCAUGUGUGUUUUUGCUUAGUACGCUACUGAUAUCAUUCAUAUCAAUCAUUGAUAUAAAUUAAAAUAGAAAUACAAUUGA